AUGGAUUCAAGAUGUAUCGCUGCUCGACACAUAAUAUUGUAUCCUGGACGUGAUGAUGCCGUGAAUGGUAACCACGAAUAUUUCAUGCAAUUCUAUAGUAGUGUUGGCAGAGAAGCAGUUAUGAGUAUUUUCAAAGUUCUAGGAUCUCCUCGAAGGAACGGCAUAACGGCGAGUUCUGCAAUCAAUCAUCAGGCUUCCACGAUGCAGCUCGCCGAGGAGCUUAGGCGAAUCUGCCAUGAAAGUUAUUUAUGGACAGCAACACAUAUUGGACCAGAAAUGUUUUAUUUUAGAGAAGAUGAUGAAGCAACUAGCAACUUUCAACUUGAAACGCUACCUAGAACUGAAAUUUUGAAAGCGCUAACACUGAACUUUUUUUUUGAUUAUAUUUACACUGACAUGAUAAAUACUCCACUUAUUCACUCAUGUCUUCCAUUAUAA